AUGGUUUCUGCAGGUCUUCAGCAUACGGUGCUUCUCAGAAGCGAUGGCCGUGCUGUGGCUUGCGGAGACAAUCACGCGGGACAAUGCGACAUUCCGGACUUAGACGAAACUGUGUCAUACACCCAGGUGUCCGCAGGUCAUCGUCAUACAGUGCUCCUGCGAAGUGACGGUCGGGCUGUGCUGUGUGGAUCAGCAGGUUAUGACGAUGAAGGUUAUGUUCCAGACUUGGAAGAGGGUGUCUCAUACGUCCAGGUUUCCUCAGGUGCUGAACAUAUAGUGCUUCUCCGAAGUGACGGUUAUGCUGUAGCUAGCGGGUGCAAUGAGCUAGAUCAAUGCGACGUUCCAUGGACAGAUUCAGAUGAAGGUGUGUAUGUCCAAGUUUCCGCCGGUGGUGGUCACACAGUGCUUCUCCGACGUGAUGGGCGCGCUGAUGCUUGUGGGCUAGAUGCGCGUGGUCAAUGCGCCUUUCCGGAUUGUGGUGAGGGUUUGUCAUACACCCAGGUUUCCGCAGGUUUUGAUCAUACAGUGCUACUCCGAAGUGAUGGUGUUGCUGUUGCUUGCGGUGACAAUCCUGACGGGCGAUGCGAUCUCCCACCGCUGGAUGAAGGCGUGUCGUACAUCCAGGUUUCUGCAGGGUUUCAUCACACAGUGCUUCUCCGAAGUGAUGGCCGCGCUGUUGCUUGCGGAGCAAAUGCUGAUGGUAAAUGCGACAUUCCAGCUUUGGAUGAGGGAGUCUCAUAUACUCAGGUCUCUGCAGGUGUUCGUCAUACAGUGCUUCUCCGAAGUGAUGGCAGCGUGGUUACUUGUGGAAGCAAUCCAGAAGACAUUCCGUCUUUGGAAUCGCCCAGCCUUCGCUAUGUUGCUGAUUGGAAGGCACGUGGGAGAGAACGCGUCUUGCAGGUUAAUUUUCUUGAUGAAGACGAUGCAAUCACCAUGACAUGCACAGCUUUGGAUGGUCUCGAGCUUGCGCAAGUGAGGGCCAAAGCAUCUGACCUUGCCUUGGCGACCUUUAGGCACCUUGCGCUCGAGCUGAAUUCCAGCCAUCAACAACUUGCCGUGAUCUUGCCUGAUGGACAGUUGUUGGAUGCAGUGUUCGCAGCAGAUCCGUCUGUCACAAUGUCGACUGUAUGUCGACAGCACGGGAAGGCAUGA